CAUCCCUGGUGUGGGAUGACGUCAAAUUCAAGAUGGAUGGAAUCACGACAAGCAGGCUGAAAGCAACACAACACUGAAGAAAGUCCUGGCUGCGUGGAGGCGAGACCGUUUUCACGACGGGAUGGCCAUGGAGAGCCUUGUGCAUUACAGUAACCCCUCCCAUGCCCUCUCAGUGUUGGGGGUUCUCAAUGAGCAGCGGCUGCGGGGCCAGAUGUGCGAUGUGGUCCUGAUUGUGGCAGACCAAAGGUACCAGGCCCAUAAGAGUGUACUUGCUGCCAGUAGCGAGUAUUUCCAGUCUCUUUUUACACGGAUGGGUGGAGACUCUCUACGAGUUGUGAACCUGGACUUCUGUGAACCCGACGCCUUCGAGAUAGUUCUGAAUUACAUUUACUCCUCCUCUCUUUUUGUGGACAAAGGCAGCCUGGCAGCCAUUCAAGAGCUUGGCUACAGCCUUGGAAUCCCGUUUCUUACAAACAUUGUGUCAACGAGGCCUCACGCAUCCUACUGCGUGUCCAGAAAACGGCUCUCGUACUCAGAGGGGGAUGAAAACGAUGCCCAGACAAGGAGCGUUAUUGUGUGUCGGGUCCAGAACAACACAGCCCACCCCUCUCACUCAAAUUAUCAGGGAAAAACAUCAGAGAGAUCUCCAUCUCCUUACUCUCCUCGAGGGACGACUCAGCUUCCAUCAGAACACAACUCGCAUGAGUCGGUCAAGAACUCUGAGACCAGCGGGAAAUCAUCCGAGCAGAACAAACCCCUGGAGAGGAAGUCCAGAUAUCCAUAUUCCACCAUACUGAAAGGAAAUUUAUCACACAUCAAAUCAGUCAGGCCUCAGCUGACAUCAUCUGUGUCUUUUAGUGACGCCGAUGUGCAGCACAUCAGCCUACAGUCUGGUUCUGACCAGGACACCAAAGAGGAGAUCGAAGAGCUCGACCACCACUAUCAUAAUAACGUUCCCUUCCAGGGUCAGGCCAGAGAGCGGAGCCAGGCCACUGACCGGAGUGGCCCACUCAUAAAAAGUCUCCUCCGGAGAUCACUGUCCAUGGACAGCCCUGUUCCAGUUUUCUCCCCAACGCUGGAACUCAAAGAUCUCCAAAACCGAGAACAAUCAGUCGUCAAAAUUGCCUCAAAGGCAUCAGGAACUGAAACGUUCGCCCACAAUGGCAACUCGACUAGAGCAUCCCCUCUGGUUCUCAGGUCCAAGUAUCUCAACAGGUAUGAUAAGGAAACUCAGGUAGAAGAACAUGUCAGUGUGAAAGCUGAGCCGAGCAGUCCCCUCGCCGAUCCCAUGGACAUUGUUCGGAUCACGGUUGGAGAUGCUCUGCCAGUUAAUCUCAAAGACUUUCAAACAAAUUACAGCCAGGGCUCCAGGACAGAUUUUAGUCUUCCAGGUAAGAGGAAGGAGCGGCCUGACAACAGAAGAUACCCAUUUAAAAAAAGUAAAGUAUUCAAAGAACACGUUGUUUCACAGGAGACAGAACCUCAGCAUGCAAAUAGCGACCCCGGUGAGAACAACGCAGAACCGUCUCCGAAUAAGAUUUUUAAAUGCUGGAACUGCCUAAAGGUUUUCCGCUCCAGUGCCGGACUGCAUCGUCAUGUCAAUAUGUAUCACAAUCCGGAGAAGCCGUAUGCUUGUGACAUCUGCCACAAGCGCUUCCACACUAACUUCAAAGUGUGGACUCACUGCCAAACCCAGCAUGGGGUGGUUCAGAACCCAGCUUCAUCCUCCAGCUCGUCUGUGCUGGAUGAGAAGUUCCAGAAGAAGCUGAUAGACAUUGUGCGAGAGCGAGAAAUAAAGAAGGCUUUGCUCUGGAAGCUGAAGAGGAAUAAGCAGGGUUUGCAGUCUCCUUCUCUUGCCAAAAAGAGAUCAAGGUCCAGCUUUGUGUGUCCCUACUGUGGCAAAGUGUUUGUGUUCCAGUCCCAGUACAGGCAGCAUUUAAGGACACAUCCUGCUGAAAAGGCCGACCAGGACACAGGGAGUGAGAGUGUCCUCUAUCCGGAACAGGAUGAGAUCCUUCAACAGAACAACACAGACACUGGUGUUUACUCCUGCAGGCUAUGUAAUGUUAAGCUGUCAUCACUCGUAGAGCAGGGCGACCACGAGAGAGGCUGUCGACACGCAACUGUGUGCCCUUACUGUGGCCUCCGCUUUUCGAGCCCGGUUGUCAAGAAGGACCAUGAGGCCCAUUGCAGGUACAAGAAACUGACAUGUCUGGAAUGCAUGCGCACCUUCAAAUCUUCCUUCAGCAUUUGGCGCCACCAGGUGGAAGUCCACAACCAGAACAUGAUGACUGGUAAAAAUCAGAUUCACCUGAAGCAACCAGAGAUCGAUGAAGAGGCGCCCGACGCUCUGGGAGAGGAGCCUUACAGCGACGAGGCUUCAGCGCCUGGGAACUUUCCAGAGAACAUCAGUUACAGCGACUCAUCGGGUCCACCCAUGUAUGACUCUGAGGACUCCUCGUCCUACGUGCCUGAGGACCUGAGCAUGGGCCACCACGGCAAACUGGUUGUGAAGGAAGAGCCAUUGGAGGAGGCGGUGAGUGAGAGGGACGGUUCAGAGGCUGGGAAAGCUGGGCCUGAGGAACACGGGGUGCGGCCUUGCGAGAAGUGCGGCAACCUCUUCAGCUCUCGCAAAGACCUGGAGCGACACCAGGAGCUGCUGUGCCACAUCAAACCGUUCAUCUGCCACAUCUGCAACAAAGCUUUCAGGACCAACUUCCGCCUUUGGAGCCACUUCCAGUCCCACAUGUCGACAGCCAGCGAAGUCGGAGCCAAAGAGAUGAACAUGCAUGCUCCACCCCUGUCUCCCUCCCCGCCUCUGACUCCCCAGAACUCGGAGCGGCGUUCUCCACAAGCCUCUGUGCUCAGAUCCCCUCAGGCACCAGCAGCGGCAACCAUCCCGGAGGAGUCGAGCAGCCCAGAGCCCUGCGGCUCGUCGGCAGGCAAGGCAAGCAGGCCUGGGGUGGAACCCAGCGGCCACGGUGGCUCCCUGUCCAGAUCCAACAGCUUGGAGAAUCCAGGCGGCCCUCACGAGCCGGACACGCUCUUCUACCACGCACCGUCUCUGUCUGCGCUGACAUUUAAGAGGCAGUACAUGUGUAAGCUCUGCCACAGAACUUUCAAGACGGCAUUCAGUCUGUGGAGCCACGAGCAGAGCCACAGCCACAUGUAGGGCCGACAGCACCGCCCUUCCCUGAACUCUUCAUGUUAAGAUGAGCACAUCCACAAACCAGACUCUGAAUGUAAAGCUUCUUUGCUUGCCUCCAGUUGUAUAUUUCAAAGUGGCCAUGUUUAUUAAAGGUGUAAAGAUGAAUGUGCAAUCAAUUGCUAGGUUCCUCUGUGAGAUUAUUAUACAAGCAGUUAAUUCUUUGAAAACUUAUAUAAAGAUAUGUCUUUUCAACAUCUUUAGUUGUUUGUAUUUACCUAAGUAUGUGUUUUGUAAAAACAAGGUUCAGAGUUGUUACCCUCUUUAUUUCAGCUGGUUUUGCUUUGUGAAGAAGAAGAAACGGCCACGUACCUUGUUCUUUCAGAGUGUGUGUGUGGAGGUGCAUUAAGGUUAUCAGGCUGCUGUUAAAGUAAAUAAUAAUGCUUUUUUCUUUUAUGUUGGCUAUUUCUCUUGGUGUGAGUGGCGUCCCUUAAGAUACUAUUGGUGGCCUCAAUGAUGUAAUCAAUAUGCACUUUGUUUAAAAGCUUACCUCCGUUAUAGGACAACGCGGACAGCCGUGCUUCAGAUCAUUUAGUUGUAUGAAGUGAAAAUGAAAUGUUAAAAAUUAUGUGUUUUUCUCAGACUGCCUUUUCAACAUUCAAUGUGUUCACUGGAUAAGAUUUCCUGUGCUAUUAAACCAGAUCAAGUACAUAGUUAAUGGAUUUUUCUAAUAAUUAGCCCAAUAAAGUUCAAUUAGGUGGUCCAGUCCAAUCAUUAAUCAAAUGUUCUUACCAACAGAGGUAAAGAUGUAGAAAAAUCAUUAAAUAAACUCACCUUUUACAGCCGCAGCACUCCGAAGAACAGAAAAAUACAACCUUUAAGAAGAUUUAACUAUUAUAGCCCAUAUUAAGAAAUCUUUGUUUUUAAUCCAGGGAAGAAGGUAGAUUUAGUGAACCAGUUCAGUGUUGAUUAUGUUUUGGAUAAGAUUUUCUAAAUUCUAAGUUUCUUAUGCUGCUGCAAAAAGAAUGAAUUUACAUCAAGUCUUUUUCCACCUUUCGCCAGGCUUGCCGAUGCAUUUCGGCACAUCUAUAUGCACAGUGCAGGCAGCCAGUUGGAACUAAAAGAUUAUGUUUUGCUGAAUACAGUUCAUGGUUUUAUAGCUGUUCUUUACUGUCUAAUUUUAAAAUUCUGCAAACUAUUUCUGUUUCUCAACUCUUUUUGCGUUUAAACCUGCAGAACCAUUCAUACAGACAACCAAACGCUGAUAGAUUUACUCAUGCUUUACACUGUUUUGAUGGCCUUAUGUGUUUUUUUUUUUUGUUUUAUUGUUUAUCUUAGUUCACAUAAAAGCACAAAUAAUUUUCAGAAAACUCGUGACUCAGGCAUUUUAAGGUGGUUAAUGUUUAGAUAAAGUAACCCACAACCGAAUUAUCAAAUUUAUAAAAAAAAAAAGAAAAAUAGAUUAUUAUGAUUGUAUUCCAGCAGUUUUGCAGUUGUAUUCUUGUAUUAGUAUAUAUUCCUGCCUUGGUGGAUUAAAUCUUUGUCAUAAUUUAUCCUGACUGCUGCCAUUUAGAAAAAUUGGUUUCUGUUUCUCUUUUUUUUUCUCAGCAGGAAAAAAAGCUGCAUAGUGAUGUUCUGCAGAAAGUCUGUAUUGCUACUAGUGCUCUUAAUAUCUUGUGAGAAAAAAAAAAUUUCGCCGAAUUGAUUCGAUUUAUGUAAAUGGAAGUGUUUAUAUUCUCAAUUUUUGUACCUCUCUUUUUUGUUUUGUUUGUUUUUGUUAGUAAACAGAAGUUGGAUCUUUUUACUCUUCCUGUGCUCUUACUGCAAUAAUUGAUAUUUGUAUCUGCAUUGGUUGCAUAAUUGUUGCUUUUGGAGACUUUGGUGUUGAAGUUUUCUACGUUUAUUUUGUGCUACACUUCUGUAAUAAAGAGUAACAGUGGAGUAAAGAUA